GUAUGUAGUAGUUGUUAAUACUCUUUUCCGCUCUCUUCUCCUGCUCUGUGAUCUCUCAACAAUCGAGCACCGCCCCUGCCCGAAAUCCGAGGAUGCUAGGCGGCGGCGACCCCCGGAGAAUGUCCAUGGACGUUGAUGCGGCAGCGCAGCUGUCGAUCAAUUCAAGGGCGUUGGUCGUCUCUGCCCCAGCACUUAGCCACGUUGGUGAGGAUAUCCCCUAUAUGGUUCCAAGGCAGGACAUGCAAAAUGGAGCACAUAAUCAGCAGGCUGAGUCAAUUUCAAACAAUUCUAAGAAACUUCAAGAUGAUCUGCAUGAACUGGGUGAGAAAAUUAAGCAUCAUGAGGACAAUGUUAAAUACUUAAAGACUUUGAAGAAUAAGUUGGAGGAAUCAAUCCUUGAAAUGCAAGUUGCUCUUGGGAAGUAUGAUAAAGCAAGUUUCUCCCGAACAGUAAACAAAGACCCUGCCCUUGUGAAGAGUGAAGAAGAAACAAUUGAUCAUAUUCUUAAGCAUGAAAAUUCUGCAGCUGCCCUUUUGUCUAGGAUGAAAAGUCAAGCGGAAGCUCUGUCUUCUGAUCAUUCACUCACGAAGGAUGUGAUUGGCAUUGUAGCUACACUUGGAAAAGUUGAUGAUGACAACCUUAGCAGGCUUUUUUCUGAGCACUUGGGCCUUGAAACCAUGCUAGCGGUGGUUUGCAAGACGUAUGAAGGUGUCAAAGCCCUGGAAGCAUACAACAAGGAAGGUUCAAUAGAUAAAAAUUCCGGCCUUCAUGCAUUUGCAGCUUCUAUUGGCAGGCCCCUGGCAGACAGAUUUCUUGUUAUUUGUCUUGAAGAUAUAAGACCGUAUUCUGGCGAGAUCAUAGCUGAUGAUCCUCAGAGAAGGCUUACUCUUCUAAAGCCGAGGUUACUCAACGGGGAACAUCCCCCUGGCUUUCUAGGUUUUGCUGUGAAUAUGAUCACCAUUGACAGCACUAACUUGUAUUGUUUCUCAAAGAACGGGCACAGCCUAAGAGAAACCCUGUUCUACCAUCUUUUUUCGGAUUUGCAAGUGUACAAAUCAAGGGAAGACAUGCUAAAUGCUCUCUCUUGCAUAAGAAAUGGAGCCAUCUCUCUAGAUGGAGGAAUGAUAAGAAGUCGUGGAGUGUUCUCCUUGGGUCAUCAUCAGGGAGACAUCGAUGUCAAGUUCCCAACUACUUCCCAAAAGUUGAACCUCCCUGAGAGCUACUUUGGGAUUGAAGUCGGGUUGAAAGAGAUGAAAUGGAAGAAGGAUAGGACAAUGGAAGACAUGCAGAGAGAGCAGGCUCUAUUAGCCCAUGCAAGAGUCAACUACGAAACAAAGAAGAGAGAAUUUCUCCAGUUUCUUGCACGAAGCUCAUCACAUGUGUCUCAGUAUCCGGCGGGACGCGCAUCAACACCAAGAUGAUUCCAUGGAGGCAAAAUAGCAGAGGAAACUGGAGAAGCUUGAUAUACUUGCCAACUGAUUUCACCUUCUACUCAUCGUUGGGAUCUCGUUGGCCUGAAUGUACGAUAUGGUUCACUUUGAAGACAUGUUUCUCCAAUGAAAUUGUGGAGAGGUUUUACUAAUGAAGACAUCCAUCCUAGUAUCAUGCUGUAACAAUUGUUAAAUCAGUGUGAACAUGAUAGUUGUAUGUAAUAUUGUCAGCUGUAAGUCCUAUGCAUCAAACCUCUUCUUGAAAUGUCAAGACUUCUUAUUCGAAAACUAGCCAGCUUGGGCUUAAUGUGCUGACAAGAAUGAGGUUGCAGAAAUUAUCCAGUUUUCUAUACUCUUAUAUA